AUGGUAAUCCCUGCAAACGUAGUUGUUACCAUUUAUAAGAACAACUAUCAAACAGGAGAAUCCAUGGUGCUCGAAGGCCCGAAAGAGGUGUCUUUUGAAGGAAGCCAACUGAAACAAUGGAAUGAUAACAUUGAGAGUAUGGUGAUAAAAAGAGCUGACGACUUUUAGAAAGCAGCAGGUGAAGUCGAUAAAAUUAGAGGAGAAUGGUGA